AUGUCCCAGAUACUUUUAGUGCAAAAUAAGUAUCUGAAACAAAUGGAAGAUGAAUUGGAUUUGAAAAUUGGCGAUAAAAUUAAAGUAAUCACGGAUGAUGGGAAAUAUAAUGAUGGAUGGUACCUAGGUGAGAAUUUGAAAACAAAAGAGAAAGGUUUGUUUCCUGUUCAAUUUACAAAACCUUAUAUUGCUAACAAUCAACGAAAUGUUCAUGAGAAUGCAAAUAAUACUAUUGAUAAUACUAUGAACGAUAUAGAUAAGGCAUUGAGAGAGUUACAAAUGGAUUCAUUCCUAGAUAUCAGUAAUAACAAUGACUUUACAACCACUAUUAACACAAAUGCAAAUACUCCAGGCUUGAAUAUUAUCUUCAAUAAUAAUGGAAGGUAUUCAAUGAACGAUGCUCAAUUCUCAAAUCAUUCGGCCCCAUCUUUAAACGAGAACACAACUUUAAUUAAUAGGAGUACUCAUAACAAUGUAGAUAUGGAUCUUAUGAAUGUAUUGAAUUGGUCUCCACAUCAUGUAAUGGAAUAUUUCUUAAAAUUAGGUUUCGAUCCAAAAUUAAUCCAAAAUUUCGGAAAGCAUAAAAUAUCAGGUAAAAUCUUACUACAAUUAGAAUUAAAUCAUUUAAAGGAAUUAGAUAUCAAUUCAUUUGGUUCAAGAUUCGAAAUAUUUAAGGAAAUUCAAUACAUUAAGAAUUUUUAUCAAAACACAUACUGUAAGAUGAAAAUAACCAAAUUCACAAUUACUUCCACCACUUUCGACAAAAAACCAAUUAACCUCAGCUUCACCAUUAUCGUCAUCGGAAAUAAGAAAACAACAACAUACAAGGAAAAAAUCUCAAGUAAUGACAUAAUCACAACCUCCUCUUCACCAUAUUCAAGAUCACCAAGAAGAUUACAAAGUGAUAAUAAUAACUUUAUUAAAGGAAUUGAUAGAAAGAAAUCAGGCAUCCUUGAUACGUACAGUUAUGAUUCACUACCAAUGAUAUCGAAAAAUUUCGUAGCUGAAGGUGCAUUUGAAUCUCCUGGUAAAGCCCCCAAGCCACCAUCCUAUCCAAGUCCAAUUCAAUUGAAACAAUCUCCAAAAAAUAACAACUCCAAUAAAUUUAGACAUAGCUCAAUUGAUCUUUAUUCGUCAUCAUUACCCUUAGCAAAUAAUAACACUGAUUUCAUCUUCCCACAAUCAAUCGAAUUAAACGAUAACAAUAAUAUGAUUAGCAAUAAAAAUCUUUGUACAAAUUCGACUUUAUCAUCAUCAAAUACAGUAGAUAUGACUGCAACCUCCAUAUUAACCGAAAUUACUCCAAUUUCUGAUUCUGCUGUUAUAAAUAGCAAGGGCACUAUUCCUAACUCAAACACGAACACAAAUACAAGUACAAAUAAACAUCAUAGGAAAACUUCCUCAACAGUCACAUCUUCAUCUUUGAAAAGAAACUCAGUAGUUUAUACUGGUCAUAAAAAGAAUCAAUCAGGUGGAUCCUUCAUUGAAUUGUUUAAUAGAAUAUCAACUUUGUCCCCAGGCCCAAUGAACAUAAAAACUACUACAACUUUUGAGAAUAACGAAAUUGAACUACCACAAAGGCCAGCGUCUACAAUUUAUACAUCUUCUCCGAUUCAUUAUAGUCAUCAGCCAUAUUAUCUUCGCCAAAGUUCAAGCUCAAAUACAAGAACUCGUCAUCAUCAUAGUCAUCAUUCUAGAUCUACUUCAACCGCAGCAGCCACUAAUUCAUAUUCAUUUCCAAAAUCACCUUAUUCAAACGUAACAAAUCUACAAUAUACCAACAACAACAAUAGUAGUAGUAAUGAUAAUCGUCGUCCUCACCAUACAAGAUCAAUUUCCAAUUUAGAAGUAUCUUACUCGAGAAACAUAUCUUCUUCUUCAACGACCCCUAAAGAUCGAAAUAAUAACGAAAGAAGGCAACAACCACAACACAAAAGGAAUUCUUCUUUGUUAUCAUUUUUCACUUCGUUUGACCAUGAUAAAACAGUCAACGUUGAUGAACGAAAGACAUCAUCUUCAACUACAGUAACAUCAGCUCGUCAAAAUAGUAACAAUCUCAAUUCAUUAAGAACUCCGACCCCAUUACAUCAAAGGAAUAGUUCUUUGAUUACUUCACCAACAAAACAAAGGCAACAGCCAAGCAAUAAAAACGUCAGAUCUUUAAGUUCAAAUAAUAUCUUACCAUCUCCAUCAAAAGAUUCUUCUACCACUUUAACGUCCCCAAAUCAUCUUCGUUCAACAAGUGAUGCCACUAAUAGGAUAAAUAAAUCAAACCAUAAUAAUUCGAAACUGAAAGGUAAACAACAAACUUCAGCAUUCCAAGAAGGUCGUCGUACAAUAAAAGUAGAAGAUUCCAUAAUAACUUCCAAUUGUUCUGGAUGGAUGUAUAAGAAAAGUAGUAAUAAAUUAGCCAUAUGGAAAAAAAGAUUCUUCACAUUACACGGCACAAGACUUUCCUAUUUUUAUGAUUAUAAUGAUACAAUGGAACGUGGUCUUAUUGAUAUAACGUCUCAUCAAGUAAUACCCUUAAAUAAUGAAUCCAUAUCUUUAUUGAAACCUAGUGGGAAAUAUUGUUUCAAAUUGAUUCCACCGCAACCAGGCUCCAAAAAAGGAUUGACGUUUACACAACCAAGAAUUCAUUACUUUGCUGUAAAUUCCAAAGAUGAUAUGAGAUCCUGGCUUGCUGCUUUGAUUAAGGCAACUAUAGAUAUCGAUACAGAUGUCCCUGUAAUCACUUCUGUUUCUAUACCGACUGUUUCAUUAAAUGAAGCAAAAAGAAUGUUGAAAGAAGCUAGAGAAAUUACUUUGGAAUGCGAAAGGAAUAGAGAAUUAAAUGAAGAAGAUGAAGAUAAUAUGUCAUGGGAUUCCCCUCCUACUCCGAAAGAAUUAAUAGCUACCGAACAAUCUCGAAUAAUAUAA